AACGUGUUUCUCUACAAGACGUGAACACGAUGGAUACGGCAGGAGGUGACGACCAAUAUGUAACCCUUGUGUCUGCUGACAAUCAUCGGUUUAUUAUUCUGAAAGAAGUUGCAUCCAUCUCUUCGGUGUUGAAAAAUACUCAAGGAUUCGAAGAAAGUAAGACAGGUAAGAUUCACCUUGAUAUGGACGGAGAUAUACUUGAAUGUGUGGUGGAAUAUCUAUACUACCACCACAAAUACAAAGAACAAGCAGAAUAUGGUAACAUUCCCGAGUUCAACAUUCCCACUCAUUUAGCCUUAGAACUCCUAGUAAAGGCAGACUACUUAGAUAUAUAGGUGUGUUAUAGACGUUACGAAUGAGAUAAUCGUAAACCAUGGUUCAAUUACCGGGUACUCUUCUCUCGAAUCGAUGCUAAAAAUAUGCCUACU